AAGAGAAAGAAGAAGAAGAAGAAUGUCUUCAUUUUGGAAACCGUCUAGAAAGACUGAUAUCUCGUUUUUCUUUUACCUUCUCUGUUUUUCUCUGGUUUUAAUAGUCUGUUUAGCGGUUUAUGUGUUGCAUAAUUCAAACAGUGAGACAGCUGAGAAGCAGCUGAAGUUAGAGAGGGAUUCUUUAGUCUCCAGAGUUUAUCAACCGCGCAGUGACACUUUACUGACGAAGGAGGUUGAUAUCUCUGCAGGAACCAUGUGGGACACAACACUACAGUACUUCAGGAGCCGCAGCCAGCUUACAGGAAGCGACGCUGUCCAGCUCAAGUGGUCGCACGCGGUCAACAGCAGGAACGCGCUUGCUCAGGCUCUCAGCAUGGUGUGGGCUGUGAUUGUAUCCUCAGGUCCCUCUCAUAUGAUUGAAGCUGAUGUCAUCAUGAGAGAUCAUGAUCCCAUGGAGCCAAUCAUGGCUCACCCCCCUGACACAGAUAGUGACAUCACACUGAAAGAGUGGCUAGAGAAAGUGAAGAUGACCAGCAAAGGAAUAAAACUGGACUUUAAGAGCUUGGAGGCUGUGUCUCCAUCCCUGGCUUUGCUGGAGGACCUGCUGGCUGAGCCAGACCGUCCACUGUGGAUCAAUGCAGACGUCCUCAGUGGACCCAGUGGACGAACCGCACCUGUGGACUUCCGGGCUUUCCUCUCUCUUGUCUCAGAUCUUCCUGCUCAGACUGUGCUGUCUCUUGGCUGGACAACAGGAUGGACUGUGGGAACUAAUAACCCAGGUUACAGCUGGGACAUGGUGCACGCCAUGGAGGAGAAGAGCAGAGAUCUGAAACAACCUGUUACCUUCCCGGUUCGUGCUGCGCUGCUGGCUCAGUCCUUCUCCCAGCUAUCAUGGCUGCUAAAACAGUCAGACAGGUACACGCUCACAGUGUGGACAGGCCAACAUGAUGAAUUUGCUCCUCAGGACUUAAAGCUUUACAGAAAACAUUUUGAUGUAAGCAGAAUCUAUUAUGACCUGCCGAACUCUCAAACAGCAGAACUCUUGAUGUCAUGACUGAAGAUGGCCAACUGCUGUUUCCGAAAUCUCACAACAGACUGCCUGCUGCUCUGUACGGAUUGGGAAAGGGAAGAUAAAUUUGUCUUUGCUCACAUUAUAUGAAAUUAAAAUUACGGAUGUCACUAGUUUUGAAGGGCAAUCUACAACAUUAGAUUCUUGUAGAAAGAAGCAUUAUUAAACUAGUUACACAAGGAUAUCUGUCGGCCACAAUGUAAUCCCUUUUUGCUCUGGAAAAGGUGUUACGUAAACUGAAUGUUUUCAUUAAAACUUCAAAAUGAAACAAAGUUUUCCGGAGCACAGAAGAAGAACUAUUACUGCUCAUUCUGGCUGCAUUCCUAUAACUGACAUGAAGAUGCGCCUAUCUUAUUCUAAGCUGAAGUUUUUCCUAAGUACUAACCCGCCCACUACAUCUGCUCAGUAGUUUCUUUUUUUGUUGUUCUUAGUUGGGUAAAAUUCACAUUACAGUUAACGUUGUGUCAUGUUUUAUCAUGUACUCUGAAAUACCUUGUUGCUAAAACGUACUGUACAAAUAAACUUUACUAAUAUGGAUGACAUCUGUAAAAGUGUUUAUUGUAAACUUUUUUUAUUCUUGUGAAUAAAACGUUUUUGAAUAGUG